UGUUGCAGGAGAGACUGGUCUGUGAUCAGGGCUUGACUUCACAGUUUCGUUAGGAAAGGAAUCCACUGCUACCUGGUGCACAGCUGAGACCCAAAACGGUUUUCUUCUUCCUCUUCUUUUUCUUCUUUUUUAUUGGAAAAGCAGCUGAGAGACAGGAGUUAAACCAGGGGUGCCAAAGGACAAGGCGACUAGGGUAAGUCUCUGAGAUGCCACAUUUCCUCAUGUGUCUUUCCAGAAGUUCUGUCAAGCGGGUUUCCUGCUGGCUCUGCGUGGUGGCUGCAAGGAUGGGUUACAUUCUUAACACCAACAGCAGCAAAGUGUUCCUGUUCAGUCCCAGCUGGUUCUGGGGGAAGCUGCAAAGAGUCCCCGGCCCCCCGUCCAGGACCAGCCUGCUGCUCUCCCGCUGCUGCGCGUACCUGCUGACCGCCACUCUCUACGCCCUCGCCGCCAUGCUCUCAGACUUCCUCCAACACCUCUUCAUCACUCAGUACCGAUACACCUACCCAGCGUCCCUCGUCCUCGCACAGGUGCUGUUGACUCUGCUGGUCCUGCAGACCCUUAGGUGCCUGGGCUGUGUCCCACUGCGUUCCUACUCCCUACGGCUGGGAGAGCUGCUCCUGGUGCCCUCGCUCUGCUCCAGCUUCCAUACCGUGCUGGGACUGUGGGCUGUCGGCAAUGCUCCCUCUGGCCUCUUCAACCUGACCCAGCGCCUCGUACCCAUCGCCUGCCUGGCCUGGACGCGCGGCCUCGGCACACAGCGCCCACCCUCGGUUAGAGUGAGCCUCCUCGUCACUGGCAUCAGCCUCGGCUCGCUUCUCCCAGGUAUCCAGAGCACCCACUCGGAGGACUCUCUAGUCUACCUGUACGCUCCUCUGAGUCUGUUCCUGGAGAGCCUGUACCUGUGUUGGCUGCAGAAGGUCUGGGAGCAGCUUGCAUCUGGGAUUGGGAACAUUUCCAUGCUGGAUAUCCACUACACAGUAACAGUCAACAGCAGCCUGGUGCUGGGCUUCUUCUGCCUGCUCCAGCUGGACUCCCCCCAGGCUCUGAUCCAGGGCAGCUGGCACAGCCUCCUCUUCCUAGGCUACUUGGUUGGGUUGCUGGCCCUGGGCUCCAUCGUGAGGCUCCUGCUCUGCGUGACGGCUCUCCGCAGCUCGGCAGUGACCUCCGCUGUCAUGGAAGUGGCCAAAGUGGACUUGGUGACCCUCAGAAGUCUGGUCCAGUGCAGCCUGGGGUCCACCUCCUCACCAGUACUGACUAGCUUCUUCUUCAGCACCAGCGGCUUACUGGUUUACUGUUACCAGUUGGCUCUUAACCAAACACACCUUGUUUAACCUCACUAACUCUAAUGGUCUCUACUGAAGAUUUACAACACUUCAAUGCAUAAAGAACUGCCUACACCACUGCCAGCAGUCUCAGAAAGAAACUUUUUAACUUUCUGGAUGUCAGUUACUGUUAAAAUGGUUGCAGCUGCUGUACGAACACAUACCCUCAUUAUUCCACACAAAACCUGCAGCUGGAAAGAGAGUUAAGCCAGUGAUAUACAUUUGUGUGAUACAUACUGUUAGGGCUUGAAGUUUUCGGUUUUCAUUGAUACUAACCGAAAAAACACGCCCGAAGACCUAUUUAGAAAUUCAUUUUUUGUUUUUUUAAACCGAUAAAGGUGGGUUUUGGCAAUAUAUUUGAAAUUAUGCACCAAUCAUGCACCACUCUCUUCCUAUAUAAAGGAAAUGGCUAUCAGGCAGGCAGUGCGCAAAGACACCGCUACUGAACAUUCAUCAGUUUUGUGGAACUACUUAAUACACUUGGAACAUCCAUGCGUCAUUUGCUUUUCAACGGGCUUAACUACCACGAACCCACACAACCCAGCAACAUGGCGUUGCCAGUUAACAUUUUAUGGGUUUUAUUCAGUGAUGAACCAAAAAGUUAUUGUAAAUAUAAAACUGCUGUAGUUAAGCUUCUACUAAUGCAUAUUAAAGUUUUUCUUGCGCACAACUGCCUAAUUAUUAUGAUUAACAUUAUUAUAGAUAUAGUACAUAAAGUACCAUGAUGAAUGUUUAAUCUUAGAAAAAAAUGUA